AGUGAAACGAAGAAGAAGAAGAAGACGGAGGAGGAGGAGGAGGAUUAUGAUGAUGAUGAGGAUGAGGAGGAGGAGGAGGAGGUUGGGGAUGAUGUGCAGCUCCAGAUUGAGAGGAGGAACAUGGGGCUCACUGUGUAGCGGCCACUUUAUCGCGUUUCUUGCGACACUUGCCAAUGUCUAAGACUCGCCGUCGCUAGACAGGAAAGGACAUAUCUUUUUCCUUUCCCCCUAUUCCAUUGUGGAGCGGGGUGACGAGGCUACAUGGUGUCUGUUUCCCAUCCAGAGUGCGGAUGUGCGGGUGUCCAGGGAUGGAAAGCUACGAGGAGUUCUGCCGGCGGAGUCUGGCCAUGCUGCAGGAGGAGGGGAAAUUCAAGAGGAUGACAUGUGAGCCGCCGUGUUCCCUGAGGGCUCGCUCUGUCAUUCGCUUCUAUGGAAGAGCUGUGCUCUCGCCCCUGCUGAGUGCAGAGCAGCGCACUGAGAUGUGCGGCCACAGAGACAGAGCGGUCCAGCAAGAGGUGGACAGGCCGAACCAACAGAGGUACAAGCUUCUGGCCCGAGUUCAGGACAUACUGGAUCAAGCUCAGACGCAGAAUGAAGAGGUUGACAAGCUGCCAGUUUCUACGUGUGCGACAGUGAGUGGCUACACCCUGGUCACUGACUCGCCCGUACUUGGGCUUCAGACAAAUGAUCGGCCUCCCACUCCAUGCUCUGAGACCCCCAACCUCUGUGGCUACAAUGUGGUGGAAGAAGAAAAGGUGGAGAGUGAAGAGGAAGACGAAGACGAAGAGGACAUGAGUUUGGACAGCCUUCUUAAGAAAUCAAGAGAGUAUGUGAAAAGAGAGCAGAGUCAGCAGGGUUCAAAAGUUGUCCACACUGUCACCGGGCCUGCCAGGUCUGACACUGUCUCUGACAAGGAGAAUAAGAGCUGUAGCCCCACUAGGGACACGGGCGUUGAGUUUGGAUUCAGUCUGCAUCAUAGUCCUAUGGGCGCACCUCAGACCAAGAUCCAGCACCAAACUCUUUGUGAGCCCAGUCUCCAACAGUCUGGCCGUCUGUCACCUAGUCUACCUGACCGAUAUGUCCGUCUCCCCAGUCCAGAGUCCAGCAUUAGUCCCUGUGCACGGAGACGCAGACCACGCCCAGUUUCUACAGGCAACAUCCAUAUUUCGUUUCCCAUCGGCCCAGCGGACCUCAUACCCCGAAGCCCAGGAAGGUCAGGGGAAGGUGCUAGCAUGGCAGAUUGGGGAAAGGCUCUCGCAGGGGCCACAAAGUCCGCCGAUCACUGUGGGAGUCGUCGAUCCAGUCAUUGUGAUGCCAGUCCAGUGUAUGAGGCCUGUAGCCCAAUUGUUGCCUCGAUGUCCAGCCCGAUGGGACACCAUGAUGAUCCAGCUGCAGGUUUUCGCCGGCGCUGCCACACCCUGGACAGCCAGCCGCAUACCUACCCCUCUGGAGUUGAGCACAUAGGCCGUUGUCAGGAAAGGAUCCCUCGUUUCAUGGCAGGAGUUUCCUGGUUGGCUUCAAGUCGGCGCACCCCUGCAGACCCCUUAAACCAGACGUAUGAGUUACAGAAUCCCUCGCCAUCUCUGCUGAGGCCUCAUUUGACCCCUGACUUGUCUCAGGUCUCACUCAGGAUGGAGCCUGAUGAUUCUCAGGGGCCGAGCAAUGGAAGGAUCCCACCGACAGUCCUCAGACAUGCACCUGAAACACUAGCCAGCAUGACAGAGGAGACCCAGCGGCGAGCACAGGCUCUAGAGGACAUGCAAAGACGUCUGGAGGAGGAGCAUGCUCUGCAGAUGUCACUGCUCCUGGCUGAGCAGGAGAAAGAGCAACAGCACCUCCGUAUGGAGCUGGAAGUGACAGAGAAACGGCUGAAGGAGCAGGAGUGUGUGCGGCCUCUGAGUGGGGAUGGUUAUGGGUGGAAUCGCAGGCACGUGAGUGACAGCUCUCCUGCUGUGAACUUCUCUUGCCCAGGUCUAAGCCCUGCCCACACACCAUCUGAGCAAUCACCUGGACACAGUAAAGGUUUUCUCAGUCAAGGCAGUUCUCGUGUGUGCACUCCCUCUGUCCAGCCUCCAGUUUAUCUUUGGGGGCCCACUUGGGCAGCUAGCAAACCUCGUGCAAGGCUAAGUCUGAUUCUGACAGCAGAGCAGCAGACGGCGUUCUGUCGAAUUGGUGCCAUCACUCGAGGCUUCCUCAUUCGCAGACUGCUCAAGACAGAGAAGGUCAAGCACCUUCGUCAGACCAUCAUGGAUACACAGGAGUUCAUCCGCUCAUUCCAGACUGAAGCUCCACAGAAGAAAAGUUCCCUCUCAGCACAAGAUAUCUCCCUGCAGGAGAGAGUUAGAGCCCAGUUACGUGCAGCCCUUUAUGAUAUCCAUGACAUCUUCUUUGAAAUGCCUCUGGGGGACCGAUUAGCGUUGCUGCAGCAGGAAAGGGAGCUCCGUGCAGAGAGGAAGCUGCGAGACUUGGAAAAAACAAAGUGCCCCAAGGAGAGAGUGGUUCUGUCUGCUGCCACACAAAGAUCUCUGGACAGGAAGAAGAGGGUUGCUGAAUCCCCAGCACAGGCUAGGAAGAUGCAGCAGAAGCCAAAGAGCCCCAUUACCAACAGAGUGCUGAAGCCAAGUCAGUGCCAAAAUUCUCCUGUCCCAGGUCAGCUGAACCGUCAGGGGAGCUGGUACAGGAAGACCCCAGAGGAGAGGGUAAAGCACUCCGACAGCCUAAAGAAGCAGCACUCUCUGGGUUAAGAGGUGACUCAACAUCUCCUGACCUGGGAACUUGAAUUUUUAGUCCUUUAAUACAAACAUUGCACCACUGAAACCCCAGUAAGCACUGAUAACUGUAUGGUGGUCUUUAAUCUACCUUUUGAUAUGAUUGUAUACAUUUCACAUUCACACAUAGAAAAGACAUGUUCCUGUAAUUAAUGACUAUUAAUUACCGAAUCAUUAAUGACCAAGUAGGCGCAGUUUACAUAAUUUUUUGUAAAGAGAAAAAGGCUUAAAUGAAAUCCUGAACAAGGUUUGACCUUAAGGGAAAUACGUUAAUUUAUCUGUGCCUAAGAACUUAUGCCUUUGCUAUAUGUAAUAUUACAGCAUGCCUAUAUUUACCAGUUGUGCGCAUAAACUUCUUGUGCUCAUACUGUAGCUGUAAAUGAAUUUACAAAGCACCAGGUUCAUGCUGACACUCACUGGUAUAAUUUAAGUUAAUUUUUUUUUUCUUCGUUCAAGGGCUUUGAAAACCUGUGUGUGCUUUGUGUCUUUAUUUAAUGGUGCUGGGUUGACAGUGCUCUGAGUUACUUCAGGGUGACAUUUCAACAUUUGACUUAAAUCAAUGCCUAAUGAUGGAAAUCUAAAUGUAUUUGUUUACACAUAAGCUGUUACAUGUAAUGUUGCUUCACAAAGCAGGAGAUGUACAACAGGCGUUGUUUCUCUUAUUUCCCCAUUAAGGAAUAGGCGAAAUACGGGUUAGGCUCUGAAUAAAUGAGCAUUCAUGUGAACAUAUUAUCAAAUCUCACAUUAAUAAGUUGGUAGACUUGUUCACUGCGAUGCCUAUUAGCUCUUUGGCAAGUGUUUUAUUAACUCCCUGAAUAUGGAUAUCUAUCAUCUCUCCGGCGAAAUAGUUGCCUUUAAUGUGUUGCUCUUCAUCAAGCGACGGCUUGAUAACAACGCAUGCUUCCUCCUACUGGAAGCAAUGAAGGAGAGAAGGCGAGUACAAGAAGGCCUUUUCUGUGUCCCUGGCUUAAGACCAGAAAGCAGUGGAUGAAAGUUUGCAGCACAGGCAGUUCUUCUUUUGAUCCGUUAAACUACGCCUCUGCAACCGAUUGUAAUUUCAAUCGGUUUAUUCUGUUAAGCUUCUAUUUUAUAUUAUUAUUAUAGUCAGAAUAUUAGGCUCCAUGUAAAUUUACCUAUUGACUAUCUACUUCUGUCAGUAUCGUUUAGUGUGUUGAUGUUGUUAACUGACAUUGCUGUGGUCUAUUUAUUUUUUUUAUUUAAGAUGCCAAAGUGUCAUGUUAUCGCCACAAUAAAAUCUGAAAUUAUUUGAA